AUGGCAAGGUCAGGGACUCAGGUCGCCGCCAACAGGAGAAGACGCAGGCAGAUCAAAGGCGCUCUUGCUCCUCCUGGGCGAGCUAAGAUGAGGAAGGCCAAGUGCGAUUCGGGUACCUCUGCCAAUGUACUUUUUUGCCCAUUCUGCUCCUUCUGCUCAUCUUGGGAGAUUGGAGGUUCAGUCGUCGAGACCCCUAAUUCAGCAACGGUGGAAAUCAUCAACCGGCAGUCUUUUUUCGUCGUGUCUUCUUGCUCCUCUCUGCCUCCCAUCUCCUUCUUCUUCUUCUUCUUCUGCCUCUCCACUUCGGACGGGGCCGCAUUUGUUUCUUUCACAAACGCCUCGACGACGACAAUCCUCGUUUGUUUCUUCGGCCUCCCCAUCGCCCUCACCUCGAUCAAUCCAGACCUGAAGCACUCCACUCCCGCUUCGUCUGGUCUGGCCUCGCCUAUGCAUCUCGGCGCUUCUAAUUCAGCUCUCGCCAUGUACGCCGCCUUGUACGGAGCAGACCACGCAAGAAUAGUCAAGGAUCACUAUCUCAUCAUGCCCUCCGGCACAGCAACUACGGCCACCACGAAGCCUCACUACCCUGAGCAUAUAAUGGCAACAUCGCAAGUACCGACUGCUCUCGGUCUCCCUCAGUCUCCGCCUGCCAGCAGCACCCCUUGGCCCUUGCCUGGCCCGCUUCCCGUCUUGCCGUCGUUACCUUGCUUCCUCGGGCGGGUUGGUUCCAGCUCCCUAUGCUUCUCGGCGCACUGCCCACCAAAGAGCAGCAACUGUAUCCGCUGUCUCGGUGGCGUGCAUGCAUCGGCCAGUUCGCUCAACGAUGCCCUUGUACCUGCAUUAAAGCCCCUGUCUGCUCUUCUGCUGGCACCCUGGUCCUUGAUUAUCGAGCCGGUCAGUCAUGGCCCGUCUUGGCCCCCUCCUGGCCUCCCUACCGCAAUUUCCACCGUCACGUCAAGACCGUCGCCGUCGUGUCGCGAUGGCGUCAAAGCUCAACUCGAACCAUCUCCUAUCCAGGUGCCAGACACAGACUCGGCCAGCGUCCCAAAGGCCCACCGCGCGCCUGUUGUCUUGGCUUACGGCAUCUCAUCAACAGCCAUUUGUAGGCCUCCCGGGGCCAAAGCCAAAGCACACAGCAGCUCAGUGUCAAAGAGCUGCAGAAUAUCGGACGAUGAUUUCCUUCCAUUGCUCACACCAUUUGGUGGCAAGGCCUUCUACAAUGAGAUCAAGGAUACAACAUAA